UUCUACUUGAGGUGUGUCCCAGGUGGCAGAGUCCAUCUGAGCGUCAUGUUCGACGGGUUGCUGAACACUGCGGAUAAGGUAUCGACAUCCUCUGAGGCGUAUGGGAAGAUAUUCUUCUUCCAUUGUUUGAUUGGCAAAGUUAUGGCACAACCAGAUUGUCACGAGGAUCAAUACAGAGUCGGAGACAGAUGUUGCUAUGCAUGCGAUCCGGGAAGCCGGGUUUAUAGGGACUGUCCGGAGGGACGACAGACGAGAUGCCAACCUUGUGCCGAAAAUACUUUCCAUAAAGGCCUCAAUAGACAUAAGCACUGCACUCCCUGUACCAGAUGUGAUGCAGACAGGGGUCUGCUUUUGAAGAGGUCAUGUACAGAGACAUCAGACACCAUGUGUGAUACCCUGGAUGGAUACUUCUGUAGAGACCCCCACGAAGGAGGAUGUAGGGAGGCUCAGAGACACAGUGUGAGAUGCAGUCCUGGUCAUCGCAUCGGUCAAAAGGGAACCGCAGUUAGCGAUACGGAAUGCCUUGAAUGUCCCAAUGGAACGUUCUCAAAUGGAACGGUGACGGCUUGCCAGCCCCACACAGAGUGUGAAUCUCAGAACCUGACUCAGAUCCAACCAGGGACGGCUUCAACUAAUUCUGUGUGUGUAGCAGUUGCUGCGUUUAACCUAAUACCAGGACUGGAGACAAUAAUAGCAAUGUUUUGUGGGGCGAUACUACUAAUCAUAGCCUCUAUAUUCUGGUGCAUUAAAAAAGCUAGGGAGAGGCAGAGAUCUUCUCCACAUUCAGCUGUCCAGACCCAGGAAGCGCCUCACGUAGAACCUAACGAGGGGCGACAAAACAAUGGUGCAUUAACUAUCCUGUUGGAGGAGGAUCUGGAAAUCAUAGCAAAGCCUUGAUCACAGUUGCAGUCUUAAAGGUCUUUACUGCCCACACAGUGAACCACCGAUCACUGGUCAUUUGGAUCAGUUUAUGAUCAGACUGCCAAAGCAGUCGUAGACAGCCCCCGCUAGUCAUAGAACAAAACUUCAAAAUGAACCAGUAAAAACAUAUCUCUGGCUCCUGUUUGUACUGCCUUAUGAAACCAGCGUGUGCUAAGAACUCACCAAACUAACGGAAACAGGAACUCACAUGCUGCUGAACUCGAAUGUCCCCCUGGCUCUACAGCUGGCAGCAAAGAUCUUUAAGCACUGACUCCAAAUCAAUCUUUUAACUACUGAGACUUAGGCCACCGUUGUAUUGCUUUAUCUUGAUCAUCCGUUCUUCUGUCUACCUGCUUAUAUCUGCAUUUCCCUUAUUGUAAUUUAGACACCUUAUCCCUUUUUUGUUUUCCCCAAAAUGUGGCCUUUUUACGUGGUGGUUUUCCGUUCCAUCACAUACAAUACACUAUUGUCCUUCUUUAACCUUCUGUCUUGAAAGGCAGAGCCGUCUAUUCCUUUAAAUAUGACAAACCUUACGGCCCCAGUGCCCUCGUAGCCACCAAUGUCUCACUGGCCUUGAUGCCACUGGCAUCAUGCCACCACUGUCCCAUUAGCCUUGAUGCCACCACAGCUUUAUUGAGGUUCUAAAUUGUUAUUGACCAACAAUGAAGCUCAGUGGACAUACGUUGGAUUCCCGUACAUGGAUGAAGCCUUUGUGAGAAAUAAUGCAGUCGCUGCCCAUCAGUUCUGAGAACAUAACUCCUUACAUGGGCAAAACGUUAACCCCCCCCCCCCCCCCCCCACACACACAUAUUUACCAUAUCUCAUGUUUUACUUUUGGUACUGAAGCAGGAUAUAUAUGGUGAACUCUGCAAUAAUGGACACAGAAAAGGACAUAAGCCCAUGUGUAUAACAAACAAAGUUGUAUCAAUUGAAUCAAACUCUUGUCAGUCAGCCCUGCUAGUAGCAAACCACUAAUCAUAACUUCAUUGCCGUUGGUUUUGUCUAGGUGAAUGUAUGGAUGAAUAUGUAAACAUCAAAUAAUGUACUUUCAGGCUGCUGCUGAAGGAUAAUACUUUAUUUAUUGAUUAUCUAUUGUGUUAUUUAUAUAUAU